AUGAGCCAGACCGUCUUCAUCCUCAAAGUCCCAUUGGUACCUUCAAUACCACUGAUCACACCACACCAACCCUCAGCGCCUGGCAAUCUUUUGCGCGCAUCGACUUACCUCUCAUAUCUACCUAAACCCUACGCAGUCCCCAAAACCACCAACGCACCUCAAAUGGCCACAACGAUCAUAACCGCCCCGCAACACCCAAACACCUUCACCUACAUCCAAUACACAGUCACAACCAUAACCGCGAGCCCAAUCCCCUCCCUCGCCGCAACCCUCACAGUCGGCAUGUCAGGCCAAGCCAACGGCACCAAGACCACGACCUCCGAGAUCCUCACGUGCACGCCGUCUUGUAUCCAGCUGGACUCGGAGGGAAGAUGUAUUCAGAUGCAGGGGUGUGAAUUGAAGAGUUUGAGACCGGAGGGGUUCGUGCAGCAUGGGGAGGUGACGAAGAAGAGUGCGGCGGGCAGGCUUUGGAGGGAUCCUGGGGCGAGGAUGGCGGUUGCGGUGUUGGGCGUUAGUUGGGUUGUUGGCGCGGCGAUGCUGAGUGUGUUUUGA